CAUGAAAUAAAGGAGUACUUUACACCAAAGGACCUACGGAUUGGAAAUACUAUUGUAAUCUUUGGUAGAGCGUUUCUCAUCUACGACUGCGACAACUUCACCAAGGCCUGGUAUUAUCAAAACUUUGGUCUAACGGAAUUCAAACCCGUCCCAGUUGAUCCUCCAAAGAAGGAAAUCACAAAGAUGGAACUGCCGUUCUACAAUGGCUACGGCACGCUAGAAGACAGUCUGGCCAGCUCCAAAACGUUUAUGCCAAAACCACCUAAGGUGGACUUUGAAAAGCAAGUGGAUUAUUCCCAGAAGGUUUUACGCUACGAAGUUAAACUGGUGAGUCUUUCGCUGCACUUAAUUUUACCUUACUCUACCCCUAUAGUUUCUUUUGAACAAUCCUUUUUAAAAUUCAAGGACAGCGUUCGACCGGAUGAUGCACUUCGUAAAUUCAUUCUCUCUUAUCGUCUGGCCGACGAUAUGAUUUCCAUCUAUGAAGUGGGUCUCCGCAAUACCGGUUUUCCGGGUGGCUACUUCUUACGGCGCUCAAGAGUCGCGAAGCCUGGAUCCACGGCGGAACAACCACGGUAUUACGGUCCUGCGGACUUCGAGUUGGGUGCGAUUAUUGACGUAUUUGGUACGCGGUUUGUGAUAAUGGACGCGGAUGAAUAUGUAAUCAAGUUUAUGGAUGUGAAUCGCGACCAAUUCGAGGACAAGUUAAUUGAAGGCCUGAGAGCCAAGGUCGUCGACCAGCUGAUGCACAAUGAGGAGGUGAAGAAAACGCAACGAUCGUCAAAGAAAUGUGGACCCGCGGACAUACAACGAGCGUAA